AUGGUUAUCAAUCCUACCUUUCUCGCGCAGCGGACGCGCCAGUCGGUCAAUUGGCAUGAUGCCCAACGUAGAGUGUUGAAGAACUAUCGCGAAUGGAUUCGAUCUGCUCCUGAGAUCCAGACCAUGUACUCUCUCAGUAUCCCAGUGCCAGCUCUGAGGACGAAGAUGCGGCAGGAGUUCGAGAGGCAUCGAUAUGUGAAUCAGAUUCAAGUGGUGGAUACAUUACUCUUCCAGAGCCAUGCGGAAUAUCAGGAAACUUUGAACUACUGGAAGCAACUACCACAUAUUCUCAAGUACUUCCGAGCAGAAGAGGAUCCAACAUCACACAGGCCAAAAAAUUUCAUGAAUGGAUUCCUUGAGGGCCGCAACUGA